AUGGUCAUCGGGGGUUGGGUCUACAGCGGUGUGGCCUUCGGUUGGGAAGGGCUCGGUUACAGCCUGUUGGGCACGGUGAUUGGCCUCGCACUGUUGCUGCCAGCCUACGCCAUCGGUGGCAUGGGUGCGGGCGAUGUGAAACUCCUGGCCGGUGUGGGUGCCUGGAUGUGGGGCUCGGUCACGUUCUACGCCUUCUGUGUUUCGGCCGUCGUUGGUGCCGUGAUCGCCGUGGGCAUGGUGCUCUAUCGUCGUGCCUGGGACAAGCACAAGACACAGUUCAUGGUCAUCUUGAAUGAAGUGAUGACGAUUCGAGAUCCCAAUCAGCUAUCGGUAAUCGCCGCCGAGCGGAAAAGCUCGAUGCUGCUGUUGCCUUAUGGAAUCCCCAUUGCCAUCGGAACGAUUGCUUACUUUGCCUGGGAGGGGAUACGCGGGGCGGCGUUGGUCGAAUUUGCCAUCGUCUCCCCGAUUUUGUUUUUGUUGGUGUUCGGCAUGAUCGAAUACGGACGAAUGGUGAUGGUACAGCAGAUUAUUACCAACGCUUCCCGCGAAGGGGCUCGUUUGGGAGUUCUCGACGGAACCACCACCUCCGACGUGCAAACUUCGGUAAACGAUUACCUUGCGGGGGCCUCGGUGAGUGGGGCGAACGUAACGGUCGAUCCUAGUCCGCCUAAUUCCGCCGGUUUUGGGGAACCUGUGACUGUUACGGUCAGCGUCCUGGCCACUAAUCGCGCCAAACCACCGGAGCCCAAGGGCGAGACCAAGUCGAUUCUGGUGGCGAUGGCAGACAUCGGGCUUCGUGGAGAGCUGACCCCCCAGAAUGUUCGGCUGGAAGAAUGGCCCGUCGAGUUGGUGCCUGAAGGCGCCGUGCUCAGCCUCGACGACGUCGAAGACCGCCGCUCGCGGACACUGAUCGUCAAAGGCGAACCAAUCCUCGAUUCGAAGCUGCUCAGCAAAGACGCCGGCCGCUCGGUUAGCGGCUUGAUCCCCAAGGGAUACCGCUCGGUUUCAGUUCGGGUCGAUUCGGUCAGCGGUUCCAGCAGUUUGAUUCUUCCCGACGACCGCGUCGAUGUGUUGGUGCACAUUCGCGCCAAUCCCAGCCAAAACAUCAACCAAACGAUCACCCGUACGAUUCUGCAAGACGUGCGUGUGUUUGCCGUCAACGACCAGGUCGGUCAGAACGACGAGCUGUCAGACGAGCAAUCGAUCGCAGCCAAGACCGUCUCGCUGCUGCUCACCCCCGAAGAGACGGAACUGGUAGCACUGGCUUCCGAGAUCGGGAAUCUCCGCCUUGUCAUGCGAAGCCCCGAGGACGACGUCGCUUCUGAGACCAAUGGUGCCGAUAUAGGCAAGCUGCUCAGCUUGGAUUCUGAGGAACGCGACGGCGACGACACCAGCCUGGUGUACGACGACUCGGGUAACGAUAUCCUCGAUCUUCUCAACGGCACCCCCCAAGAAGUUGUGGAGCCCGAGCCAGAACCCGAACCUACGACGCAAGGUGGCGAGGAUGUUUGGACGAUGGUUCUAGUGUUGGGUGCCCAAGCCCGCGAAGUGCAGUUCAGUGCAGACAGUCGCUUGCCCAAAGAACUGAAUGCGCGCCACGCGGUUGCCAAGAAUGGGCCGGCCGCGGCACAAGGAUGUGCAAAUAUUCCGCUAAACGGAUUUGCAAGGAAUACACGGAUGUACGCGCCUCUCUUCUUGCGGCAGCUUGCGCUAUGCGCCGAGCUAUUGACCAUUAUCCUCGUGCUCGGCUACAGCAGUCAUGCGAACGCACAAGACGUGCGCCAGCGUGAUGAGCUCAUCUACAAGGUCGAUAUGGCGAACGAUCGUCUGGAGAUGAUCGUCAAUACCAGCCGUAUCUUGACCCUCGAUGAGAAGAUCCCUCAGGCCCAGGUGAACAACCCUGAGGUGCUCGAGGUCACGCCGCUCUCACCUACGCAAAUCCAAAUCCUCGCGAAAAAACCUGGUGUAACUCAGGUCAACCUGUGGGAUGAGCAAGACCAGAUUCGCACGGUCGACGUGAUCGUCUACGGCGACGCACAAGAGCUGGAAAUGGUGCUGCAGUCGCAGUUUCCGAAGAGCUCGCUGAAGGUCAUUCCGCUGGCGAACAGUGUGAUUGUUUCUGGUUUCGUCGAUCGCCCCGACAUCGUCAAUCGCAUUGUGGCCAUUGCCGAAGACUACCAUCCCAAGGUCAUCAACAACAUCAAUGUGGGUGGUGUCCAGCAGGUGCUGCUGCACGUGAAGGUGAUGGAAAUUUCCCGCACCAAGUCGCGUACUUUGGGCUUCGACUUUGUCCAGAUCAACGGCGAUGACUUCGUCACCUCGGGGAUCAGCGGGUUGCUUGGCGACUUCACUUCGUCCACCGGGCUGGUCGAAGCGGCCGGCGGUGAAACUGCCAGCUUUGGUAUUAUCAACAACCAACAAGCCUUCUUUGGGCUGCUCGAAGCUCUGCGUAAGAACAGCUUGAUGAAGAUUCUGGCCGAACCCGACCUGGUUGCGGUCAGCGGACGUCCGUCCUCGUUUAACGUGGGUGGUGAGUUCCCGAUCUUGGUUCCGCAAAGUUUGGGUACCGUGUCGAUCGAAUACAAGAAGUUCGGUACUCAGCUCGACUUCGUGCCCAUCGUCCUGGGCAACGGCCGCAUUCGUUUGGAAGUUCGCCCCCGUGUUAGCGAAAUUGACAACACGCGAAGUGUGGUCAUCAACGAAACCGCCAUCCCAGGUUUGCGUGUUCGCGAAGUAGAGACCGGCGUCGAAAUGCGAUCGGGACAAACCCUCGCCAUCGCCGGACUUAUUCAAACGCGACUGGAAAACGAAGUUCGCGCCGUGCCGUAUCUCGGCGACCUGCCAUGGGUGGGGGCUGCGUUCCGACGCACGCACUCGGUGAUGAACGAAAUCGAAUUGUUGAUUCUCGUCACCCCCGAGCUGGUCGAUGCGAUGGAUCCGCACGAAGUGCCUUGCGGCGGUCCAGGUACCAACUCGUGUAAUCCGAACGAUCGCCAGUUGUUCUGGGAAGGUCAUAUCGAAGUGCCGUGCCCAGAUGGGUGUGGUCCUUGCCAAGGUCAACAGGGCUACCCCGGUGGUUAUCCGCAGGGCGAGGGCAUGAUGUACGGCCCCGGCGUUGAAGUGAUCGAAGGCCCCUCGGAAGUGGUUCCCGGUCCGAUGGGUACUCCGGUACCUGUGCCAGAGCCCCCGGUCGUAACGCCGGAUGCGGGUGCUCAGGAUCUACCGCCUGAUACGGCUUACAUCGAAUCGAGCAGACGACAUCAGGGACCACCGCAACAGCAACAGGAGAUUUCCCUCCAGGUGCCGCAGAUCAGUGGUGGUCAGCCGAUGCACAUGAAUCAGGCCCCGCUGCCACCACAGCCCUCAUCGACAUUGGGUGCAGUGCCUCCGACGCCCAACAUGGCGACCCUGCCUCAAGGUCUCAUUGGACCGCUGGGAUACGACGUUGACACCGGGCAUGGGAAUUUCAUUGGUAUGAAGAACGUCCUUCGAUUAGCGAUUGUCGAUCCCAACGAUGACAGCCGGGAAGCGCUGAAAACGUUGCUGUUGGGAAUGGAUAUGAUCUGGCUCGAAGCCGAGUGCUCUCGGUACGAGUUCUUCGCGGACGUUGUUUCGCAAACACAACCCGAGAUCGGCAUCAUCACGCUCGAUGCCGAUUCCGACAAAGCUCUCAAGCUGGUUGAGAAGGUCAAUGCCACGACACCAGGAUGCAGCAUCCUGGUGCUUAGCUCUUCGACCGAUGGCUCGCUCAUUCUGCGAGCCAUGCGUGCCGGGGCGAAGGAAUUCAUUUCGCUCCCGAUCAACAUCGAAGACCUGGUCGCGGCGCUAGGAAGAAUCAGCGAUCGACACUACGGCCAAGGUGAAUCACGCACGCGUGGUAGCACGGUAAUUAGCGUAGCCGGCGCCACAGGUGGUGUGGGCUGCACGAGUCUGGCCGUUAAUCUUGGCUGCUCAUUAGCACAAGACACCACCAACACCGUGGCCCUCAUCGACCUGGACAUGAGUCUGGGUGAUGCCGACGUCUUCCUCGAUACCAUUCCCGACUACACGCUAGUCGAUGUGGCUCAAAACGUAUCGCGACUCGACUUCACCUUGUUGAAGCGAUCGUUGAUCAAACACGAUUCGGGGCUGUUCCUGUUGCCUCGCCCCAUGCAGAUGGAAGACGCCGCGACCAUCGGUCCGGAUGAUUUUCUUCGCGUGGUCGGGCUAUUGAAAGCCACCUUCACCCACGUGGUGUUCGACCUUUCCAAGUCGUAUAGCCCACUUGAUAUGGUGGCCAUGGAGUCGUCAGACCAUAUUCUCUUGAUGACUCAACUCGAUCUGCCGUGCCUCCGGAACAUCGUCCGGCUGAUGAGUUCUUUCUCCGAGAUGGAAGGUGUGGCCGACAAGAUCAAGAUCAUCGUGAACCGGGCCGGGCUCGAAUCGGGUGAGAUCAGCGUGAAGAAGGCCCAAGACACCAUCGGUCGAGAGGUUUUCUGGCAGUUGCCUAACGACUAUCGCACGAUGGUCGAUGUGCGAAACAACGGGGUGCCGCUUAUCGAGCAGGCCCCGAAAGCCAAAAUCACGCAAUCGAUUCUGCAACUUGCCGAUCAGCUUUCAGGAAAAGAGCCCCGCGCCGACAACAGCGGCGGCAAGUCGACCCUGGGCCGGUUGAUGGGCCUCUGGGCUGGACGAUCGGAAGAGCCGCAGGCCCUGCUUCAGAUGGGCCACUUCUACCUGGCAGCGGGCUUGGCUAGCCGGGCCGAAAACCCCUCCAUCGGCGAGACAUAA